UUUUUUUUCCGGAAAAAAACCGAUAUUUAUAGGCAAAAUAGAAAUUUUCAAAGUUCAUUAUAUCAGAGAGUCAUAAAAAUGAGUUUAAAUAUGAUAUUAACAAGGAAUUUAUAUAUAAGAAGUAUUGGAAGAAAUGAGGAUAUUUUUAAUAGAAAAAAAAAAGGAUUACAGAUUGAAAAAUCAAGUUUUUUACGAUUUUUUUUACCAAUUAAAGUAUGGAUAUUUAAUAUUAAGAGAUUUAGAACAUAUGGAAGAGAAUAUCAACCAUCGAAUAGAGUACGCAAACGACGACAUGGAUUUCUUAGUCGAAAAAGAUCAGCUAGUGGACGCAGAAUUCUUGCUAGAAGAAUAGCAAAGAAAAGAAAAUAUUUAACACAUUAGUAUUUUUCUAUAUAUAUAAAUAUAUAUUUAUAUAUAGAUAGA